AUAAAUUCGUAUUCUUAUCCAAGAGACGCGAUUUUGUGUCAAAAAUACCGGGAACAGCUGUUUUUUGUUUGUUAAUUUCUUAAAGAAUUUUUAGUGAAAAUUUGUGGAUAAAAGGCAUGGCUUUGCAGGAUGUUCUUGAACAGUGGAACAAAGUGAUGCCUGAGAAGAUCACUGAAGCGGAAUUACUGAAUCCUAGAGAAUCAUUUCUCGUCAGUUGCAUCAAAAAUAUUUUUUUUAAAAUCAACCAACAUUUAGUCCUGGAAAAUCUGGACAGCCCAGAUGAGGAGAUUCAACGGAGGAGUAAGCUGAAGUUAUGCAACUCUGUCAAUGAACUGUACAAAAUGUCAGAUAAGAGUUAUUCCUUCUUCUAUCUGGAUCUCAUUGAGCCAUCAAAGAAAAAGACACUACAUCUCCUCCAGAAUCUCCUCAACUACGUCCUGUACUAUGACAUGGUAAAGGAGGAAGUGGUGAAGAAGUGUGAGGUUUCUGUAAAACUGUUAGAAUCCCUGAGGAUGCGCAAAGUUAAUUUGGAGACUCAUAUUGAGGAAAUGAAGAUAAAGCAUGAGAAUCAAUUGCAGGAAGAGCACAAACUCAAAUCCGGCAUCAAUCAGCUGGAUUCUGAGAUAAUCAGUGAGAAGGCAAAGUUGAGCCAGAUUGAUCAGGAUUGGCUCAAAUGGCAGGAAAAAUCUAAGCAAUUGGAGAAGGAAUGCCUCACCACGGACAUGGAGAUCAAGCGAAUGAGCGAUGGUCUCAUUUCUGCAUCGCAGAUUGAGAGCCUGGAGGCAGAGAUUGCAUCCGUGCAGAAGGACAAGGAGGAAUUGGGUGCCGUAGUUGCCACAGCAAAGAUCAACAAUGAGACAAUUCACAAGGAGAAUGAACAAAUACGCAGCCAGAUAUCUUCCUACGAAAACCUGCUGCGCGACAUAAAAAACCGCGAAGCUACAAUCAAUCCCAAAUUCAAUGGCACUACCAAGAAUGACCAGGAAAUCCAGAAAUUGGAAGAUAAACUCAUUCACCUAAAGGCAGAUUUGCAAGUCAAGAAAACCAGUGAAAAAGCAUUCAAGGACAAAAUCGUCGCAGUGAAGGAGAAAAUUGAGAAACUCUCCGGGGAAUAUGUGAAAGAAAUUGGGAAUCAUCAAAGAACAUUGACCCUUCUGAAGGCAGAAAUUGAAGAAAAGGAGAAAUUGAUGGAGCGCUUGGAGGACGAAUUGGAUCAAUUGCAAAAUGAAACUUUUCAAGCCGAAGCGCUGCAGAGUGAAGUAUUUAAUCUGAUAAAUUAAUAAUUUUAUGAAAUAAAUAUUUUUUACUGUGAAUUUGAA